AUGCGGGAAUGGAAUGCUUCUGAAGCAGAGACGGUGGCAGGGAUUAUACCAGAUCCGUCUGAGGAGAAUCUUGUCCAUCACGGCCCCGGAGAAGCAGAUACGGCUGUUGCCGAAAAACGGAGCACUGUUAUCGCUACAUUAUCGGAGGUGUCACCCUUGAGAGAUGAAAUGGAUGUCAACAUGCAAAAUGAAGCUAGCACAAACUGUUGUUCUAGGACCAACAGCAGUCUGCUCUUGACCAUAGGUGCUCCCGAAAUUCCUUCUCUUACGGUUUAUGGAAAGAUAAGAGUGACUAUUACCUUCAUGCUCUUUUUUUCCUCUGCUAUCCUUAAUGGAUCAUUUCUGCUGAAACUUCAAAGGAGUCAGAAAGAGAAAAAGUUGAAAAAAACAUCAAGGAUGAAAACUCUUCUAAAGAAUUUAAUGCUGGCUAAUUUAUUGGAGACUCUUGUGAUCAUGCCCUUGGAUGGAAUUUGGAACCUCACUGUUCAGUGGUAUGCUGGGGACCUGCUUUGUAAAAUCUUCAGCUUCCUUAAACUUUUCAGUAUGUAUGCAGCUGCAUUCAUCGUGGUGGUUAUCAGCCUUGAUCGUUGCAUAGCCAUUACUAUGCCUCUGACAAUGAAGAGCAAGUCUAGUCUUGGAAAGUACAUGCUAGGUUUGGUCUGGUUUCUCAGUAUUGUGUUUGCAACACCACAGUUCUUUAUUUUCAGGGUGAUAUCGAUUGCAGACCACUCUAGUGCAGAUGGAUCUUUUUCUCAGUGUGUCACACAUGGAAGUUUUUCUGAGUGGUGGCAACAGACAGUAUAUAACCUGUUUACCUUCAGCUGCCUCUUCAUCAUUCCUCUGCUCCUCAUGCUGGUGUGCAAUACCAUCACCACAUUUACUAUGACACGGGUGCUUCAUAGAGACAGCACAGGUCUGGAUCUUAACCGAUCUAAGAACAACAUCCCACAAGCUCGUGUAAAGACAUUAAAGAUGACAGUGGCUUUUGCAACUUUGUUUAUUGUCUGCUGGACUCCCUACUAUGUACUGGGGAUUUGGUACUGGUUUGAUCCAAAAAUGAUGAGCAGAGUUUCUGAUCCCGUUAAUCACUUUCUUUAUCUUUUUGGCUUAUUAAACCCCUGUUUGGAUCCAUUGAUUUACAGAUACUUCCAUUGA